AUGGCUUCAAGUGGUGCCGCCGCCGCCGGUGUUAGUAGUUCAGCUAGUGUUGUGUCUGCACCUAUUACUAGGAAACAAAAGGCUAAAAAUGCUCCUGGAAAUCGGAGUGAUAUAGGGUGGAAAUAUGGCAUGCCAUUAAAUGAAUUGGGAACAAAAAUCCAAUGCAAAUAUUGUCCAAAGAAAGUAAGUGGAGGAGUUUAUCGAUUUAAGCAUCAUUUAGCUGGUACCAAAAAGGAUGUUGAAGCUUGUCCAUCGGUGCCCGAUGAAGUAAAGAAAGAGAUGUUUGAAAAUGUAGCAUCACUCCAAGAGAGAUUUUUGAAGAAAUCAAUGAUAGUUGAAAGUGAUGAUGAGGAGGAGGGUCAAUGUGAAAAAAGAACAAAAACAAAGGAAGUGGAAGUGGGUUCUACAAAUUUUUUCAAGAAAAGGGGAAAGGGAAGUGUUCAAUCCACUAUCAACAAUAUGUUCAAGAAAAAUUUGAAACUUGAUGUUGAUGAUGAUGUUGCUGAUUUUUUUUAUGCCAAUGCUAUACCAUUCAAUGUGAUAAAAAGUGAUGAGUUCCGUAAGAUGUGUGACUCAAUUGGAAGAUAUGGUGUGGGUUAUGAUCCAUCAUCUUAUCAUGACAUUAGAGUGAAGCUUUUGAAUAAAAAAUAUGCAUUGACCAAGGAGCUGAUAGAAGAGCAUAAACAUCAUUGGGAAAAGGUGGGAUGCAGUAUAAUGACGGAUGGGUGGACAAAUCAAAGAAGGAGAACUAUCAUAAAUUUUUUAGUGAACAACACGAUGGGAACUGUUUUUAUUAAGUCUAUUGAUGCUUCUCACAUGUCCAAAACUGCUGAAAAUCUUUUUCAAAUGAUUGAUGAUGUUAUUGAAGAGGUUGGAGAAGAUAAUGUUGUGCAAAUUGUGACUGACAAUGCAGCCAAUUACAAACGCGCUGGAGAGCUAUUAAUGCAGAAAAGAAAGAGGCUGUUUUGGACUCCUUGUGCAGCACAUACCAUUGAGUUGAUGUUAGAAGAUUUUGAGAAGCAUAUAGCGGUUCACCGUGAAACAAUUCCAAAGGGCAAAAAGAUUACAACAUACAUAUAUGGAAGGACUUUUCUCAUUUCUCUCUUAAAAAAGGCCACCAAAGGAAAAGUUUUGAUAAGACCGGGCGCCACUCGUUUUGCUACAUCGUAUUUAACUUUGGGGUGCCUCUAUGAGAAUAGUAGUGCUGUAAAGAGGGUUUUCCUCUCAGAUGAAUGGAAGGCUAGCAAAUACUCAAAGUCAAAUGAGGGAAAACUUAUUGCAAGUUUGGUUGAUGAUAGUCUCUUUUGGAAAAAUGUUUUAUUUUGUAUAAAGGGUGCUUAUCUGUUGUUCAAAGUGUUGAGGUUGGUUGAUUCUGAGGAGCCAGCUAUAGGAUUUCUUUAUGGAGAAAUAGGGAAAGCUAAAGAGGAAAUUAAAAACGUCUUCAAAGGUGUUGAGAAUAGUUAUAUGCCUUUAUGGAAUAUUAUUGACGCAAGGUGGGACAAGCAUCUUAGUGGACCAUUGCAUUGUGCUAGAUACUACCUAAACCCACAAAUUCAUUAUGGUCCUAAUUUUAAAUCAACACUUCAAUUGAAAAGAGGAUUAUAUGAUGCUUUGGAUAAGGUUUUGGGGAUUGAGAAUGGACUUAUAUUGAUGGAUUCUCAACUAGAAGAUUUUAAGUGUAGGAAAAACUUUAUGGGUUGCAAGGCAGCCAAGAUUUCAGUGUACAAUAAAAGUCCAACACAAUGGUGGGAUUCUUAUGGAGAUGAAAAUCCGGAGCUUCAAAGAGCGGCUAUUCGUAUAUUAGGCUUAACAUGUAGCUCUUCUGCAUGCGAGGGUAAUUGGAGUGCCUUUGAAAGGGUUCACACAAAGAGAAGAAACCGACUGACCACGAAAAAAUUGAAUGAUGUUAUUUUUGUGAUGGUUAAUAGAAAAUUGGCCAAGAAGAAAAAUAAUAGAAAACCUCUUAUCCAUGAUCUUGAGGAUCUUCCAUCGGAUGAAGAUUGGGUUGUUGAAGAUGAAAAUGAAACUAACAUGGAAGGAGACUUGGGUUUGGAUGAAGAACAAGAGGAAAACUUGGAUUUAGAAACUCAAAUUGAAGAAAACAUGGUGGGAAUCCAAAGUGGAGAAAACAUGGUUGUAAACUUGGAAGUAGAAGAAAUGGUUGAAGAACAAGUACAAGUUGCCGUGGGAGAUGACGACGACGAUGCUAACUUUGAAAAUUUGAUGAACUUUGUACUCUAA